GCCUUUGUAUCCGUUGCCUGCUGAGAUCUCAUUCCAUGCGUAAUGGCGUCCGAGGGAAUUCUAAUGGGGAUGGGGAAUCCCCUCCUUGACAUCUCAGCCGUCGUAGACGAGCAAUUCCUGGAGAAGUAUGGUAUCAAGUUGAAUGAUGCUAUUCUUGCAGAGGACAAGCACUUACCAAUGUAUGAUGAAUUGGCAACCAAGCACACUGUGGAGUACAUCGCUGGAGGUGCUACACAAAAUUCAAUCAGGGUUGCCCAGUGGAUGCUUCAAAUUCCUGGGGCAACUAGUUUUAUUGGUUGCAUCGGUAAGGACAAGUUUGGGGAAGAGAUGAAGAGAAAUGCAAAAACUGCUGGUGUUAACGUUCAUUAUUAUGAAGAUGAGUCUGCACCAACGGGUACAUGUGCUGUUUGUGUAGUUGGUGGUGAACGGUCGCUCAUUGCUAACUUGUCAGCGGCGAAUUGCUAUAAAAGCGAGCAUUUGAAGAGACCAGAAAAUUGGGCAUUGGUUGAAAAGGCCAAAUACUUCUAUAUUUCUGGGUUUUUCCUCACGGUGUCCCCAGAGUCCAUUCAACUCGUAGCUGAACAUGCAGCCACAAAUAACAAGGUCUUCAUGACGAACCUUUCCGCUCCAUUCAUUUGUGAAUUCUUCAGGGAUGUUCAGGAGAAGGCUUUGCCGUUGGUGGACUAUGUUUUUGGAAAUGAGACGGAAGCAAGAACCUUCUCAAAGGUUCAUGGCUGGGAGACUGAGAAUGUCGAGGAGAUUGCUUUGAAGAUCUCACAAUGGCCCAAGGCUUCAGGAACACACAAAAGGAUUACUGUGAUCACGCAAGGUUGUGAUCCAGUUGUUGUUGCUGAGGAUGGCAAGGUGAAAUUGUUCCCUGUGAUCUUGGUGCCCAAGGAGAAGCUUGUUGAUACCAAUGGAGCCGGAGAUGCAUUUGUUGGGGGCUUUUUGUCUCAGUUGGUUCAGGAGAAGCCCACUGAAGAAUGUGUCAGGGCAGCUUGUUAUGCAGCAAAUGUUAUCAUCCAGAGGUCUGGCUGCACCUACCCAGAGAAGCCUGAUUUUAAGUAGGCAUUUCUCAUGGAAACCAUGCUUGCUUCCUUUUGAUGCAAAUUAGGAUAAGAACUGGUAGUGGUAAUUUUGUUUUACCAAUUCCUAAAUGGGUAAUUUGAGAAUGGUUUCAAUACUGGAGUUGCGAUUUCCAUUCUUUAAUGAGUUGCAGCAUCAUGUAUCAUUAUUUUUCCAUGGAUUAUGUAUUAUUAUAUUUGAUUUGGAGUGUUAUUAACACCCAAAUCAGUUCCAUAUUUGGCUAGCAAACGAGUGUCAUAUUUGUAGUCAAAUAGUUUCAAGUAGCACUUUUUACAGGCAAUGAACUUCACUUUUUCUGGCA